CAAAAAGAGCAGGAGUGAGAUUUGUAUUUCCCACUUUGACACGCCGACAACCUGUUAUCUUUCCGUGAACAGCGGUCUCUCACAUUUAUCGGCGGAUAAAGACCUACAACGAUCAUUCUUAUCUACCUCUUGUGGGGUUCUUCGGCGGACUUGUCCCCAUAACAUCCACCCGCGCACGGGGAUAUCCAGGUAUCCUUAUCUUUCCUUUGGGCGCUCGUGAGGGCUCUUCAGUAAACUUGUCCCAGUGGUCUUCGAUAAUCACUCGCUGCGAUCGGAUUUCGGCACAGGCAUGAUUUGGGGUUCCAGGUUGCUUUAGGGUACACCCAGCCGCCGUCGUACUGGGUCAGUACGCAUACACUAAAAGGAGGGGGAGGCGGGCUAUAGCUCCAAGAGCGAACCUGAAAAGGGUAUAUGAGUGCGGGAGUGGCUGCUUACAUCUACAGUAUAAACACGUAUAUGAAACAUGUCGUAGUCAAGGAGCUCACAUUGUCGAACGUCGAAUUCAACAACUGUUUUCCCUUAUUCUGUACUUCAGAGCGGGCAUCAUCAUUAUAUCUCAUUAUGGCAACUGCGACAACUGCCCACGCCUCAUCAUUCGGCAACAAGGCAUUUGAAAAGGUGGAGCCAAACCUGUCGAAGUCGGUCUCGCUAUUCGACCCCAGCCAGCACCUAUGCUUUGAGAAACCCAAAGAAAAUGUCAUGCUCAAGGAUCUUGGAUUGUCGGAAGAAGGCGCUAUAGCUCCUCUGGCUAUAACUGACCCUUUUCCACUUUUCAGCCUUGAUUGCGUUCGACGAAUGCGAGAAGAAAUGUUUCAAGAGAAAAUCAUCAACGGAUACCAUCAAAGGAUGGAGCCUGGAUGCUACACUUUAAGAGGGUUCAUCGACCAUGCCCCAUUCAUUGAGUCGGUGUGGCGCAGUCCUGAGGUGAUGGAUGCAGUUUGCAAAGCUGCCGGAGUGGAUCUGGAAGUCAUCUUCGAAUACGAAAUGGCACAUAUUAAUGUUCAGGUGGAAGGGCUAACGAAUGACACACCGCUCACGUCCAUGAUCCCGCCAGCCGUUCCCCAACCUCACGCAGCGGUGACAACCGUUGAGGAAGCCGAAAAAGCACAAGCAGCGCAGAUGGCUGCUGCAGGACCCUGGCAUAAGGACUGUUACCCAUGGGUUCUGAUCACGAUGCUUUCAGACACCACGAAUAUGAUUGGAGGAGAGACUGGCAUCCGCAAAGGUGACGGGACGAUAGUAAAACAACGUGGUCCAGGAGUAGGCUGGGCUUAUCUAUUACAAGGUGGAUGUGUCGAACAUAUCGCGCUGAAGUCAUUUGGGGGCGAGCGCAUUGCGAUGGUCACCUCUCUCCGUCCAAAAGAUCCAAUGCAGCUGGAUCUUAGCAGUCUAGGAGGUGUGAAAGGCAACAGCGAAUGGGACCCCCUAUUCAAGCAAUGGAGUCUCUAUCGCUUGAGUGUUAUUGAGCAGAGAAUCCACAUUUUGCAGGAGAAAAUCCGGAACGAAAAAUUGACUUAUCCCGAAAUACGAGAGGCGAUGCUGGAAUGGAAAGAGGGAGUAUUCAAAUAUAUGGAACAUACAACUGGACAGAUGAAAGGUACACAGCCAGACCUAACUAAGUACCAAAAGUUCUUCGACUGAGAGUCUGACACCCGACAACGGAGUCCGAUGGGUAUGGCUAUUUUACCUCAUGAUGAAUGAAUAAUGGCAUUGAACAAAAGCACACUCAUCAGUAGCGGGACCUGCUACGUAGGCUACUCGUGAUGAGAACAAACUGCCUUUUGAGAUACUCAAUGUCUCCUAUAUAC